AUUACUUUAUGUGUCAACAGAGGUGGGGUUUACGACCAUUGUGCUUCCUCUGAGAUACAGUAUAAAGGUUUACGGAGCACACGCCGCUCUUCACUUCAGCUGCUCUGUGUGUGUGGAGAUUUAGCCGCUCCAUUUUAAAACAAAGAAAAUGGCAUUCUCUAACCGAAGCUUCCAGCUGGGUACAAACACCCGCUUCCAAACUUCUGCACCCAGUGUCAGCGGUUUAUCUGUCAGGAGCUCAGCCAUCCAGAAGCUCCAAGCACCCAGCGUCUACGGUGGAGCUGGGGGCUACGGCACCCGCAUAUCCACCGGCACCAGCCUUGGACAAAACUUCGGCAGUAGCUUCCAGCUUAAUGUUACUGGUAACGAUGUGCUGCUCGCUGGCAAUGAGAAAUCAACCAUGCAAAAUCUAAAUGACCGGCUGGCUUCUUAUCUGGAGAGGGUGCGCUCUCUAGAAAAGGCAAACUCCUUGCUUGAAAAGCAGAUCAAGGAGUGGUAUGAGAAGAACGUCACACACGUAAGGCAGGACCACAGUGCUUACCUUAAAACAAUUGAGGAUCUUCAAAAUAAGAUUAGUGCUGCGCAGUUGGAAAAUGCAAGGUUUGUCCUGCAGAUUGACAAUGCCAAACUGGCUGCUGAUGAUUUCAGACUGAAGUUUGAGAGUGAACUCCUUCUCAGGCAAAGUGUUGAGAAUGACAUUAAUAAUCUGCUGCGAGUUCGUGAUGACUUGACUUUGACGAAAUCUGAUCUGGAGUCACAGAUUGAAAACGUGAAUGAAGAACUAGUUUUUCUUAAGAGGAACCAUGAGGAGGAAGUGGACAGACUGCAGAAACAAGUGGGAGGCUCAGUUAAUGUAGAGGUGGAUGCUGCUCCAAGUAUUGAUCUUGCAACUACUAUGGAAAAUAUGAGACGGCAAUAUGAAGAAAUGGCAGAAAAGAACCGUCAAGAAGCCAAAGAACGAUUUGAAAAGCAGACAGAAGAACUGAACCAGGAAGUAGCAAUCAACAUGGAACAACUGCAAGAGCAAAAGAGAGAGGUCACAGAGCGGAGACAGAUCUACCAGAGUCUGGAGCUAGAAUUACAGUCCCAGCUGAACAUGAAGAAGGCUUUAGAAGACACGCUGGAUGAAACUGAAGCACGUUAUGCUUAUCAACUAAAUCAAAUACAGGAAGCAGUUGCCAGGUUAGAGGCUCAGUUGAGGCAACUCCGGUCUGACAUGGAGGCUCAGAACAACGAGUACACCAUACUGCUGGACAUCAAGACUCGCCUGGAAAUGGAGAUUGCCACCUACCGCCGCCUGCUGGAAGGAGAGGACAGCAGGUCUGUCCAAGUGAACGUAUCUACAGAGGACACUGAAAAAGCAGAAUCAAAUAAAAUUAAGAAGAUCAAGACAAUUGUUGAAGAGGUGGUUGAUGGCAAGGUCGUCUCCUCUGAGGUAAAAGAGAUUGAAGAGAAGAUGUAAACAGCGCCACCAGAAGCAAGACAGCCUCUGAGCUCUAAUUACACCAUUACACUUUAUACAGAGUCCAAUCUAAUUCUCCAAUUCUCCCUGAAAUCAGCAAUGGUGGUAAAAUGCCCAA